AUGAAUAGGUUUUUCAAGCGGUUGCAGGAGCUGAGGUCAGAAGGUCACCUGGUGGAUGUGACCCUGUGUGCUGAGGGAAAGGAGAUCCCCUGUCACCGCCUGGUCCUGUCAGCCUGCUCCGACUACUUCCACGCCAUGUUCGGUGGAGCCCAUAGCGAGAGUAAGAAGGACAAGAUAGACAUAAGAGAGGUGAGUGCAGAGGCACUAGAAAUUCUGGUGGACUUUGCCUACUCAGCCAAGCUCGACAUCACAUCGGAUAACGUGUAUCUACAGUUUGAAGCAGCCAACAUGCUUCAGGUUAAGCGACUUGAAGAAGCUUUUGCAGACAAAGUGCCGUGUAAACGUUUAUCAGCAGAGGCAACACGCUGUGCUCUAAAAGAUUUUGAGGAAACCAGCACAACUGAGGAGUUCCUUCAGCUACCUUUAGAUUUAUUGAAGAUGUACAUCUCAGAUGAUGGCCUCCAUGUGAAAAAAGAGGAACAAGUCUUGGAGUCGAUUAUGCGUUGGGCACGGCAUAAUCUUGAGGAACGACAGAAGCAUCUUAAGGAGCUGCUAGAUUGUGUUUGUUUCUCACGUGUCGACCAAGACUAUCUCAAGAACAUCAUAGACACUGAGGUGUUGUUAGGAGUUCCUGGAAUCAUGGAACUGAUAAAAGAUACAUCCACGCAUCGGAGACCUCGCAGAAUCCUUCAAGAAAAAAUAUUGCUUCUAGGAGGCGCGACAGGAUGUGGAUAG